AUGACCACCAACACAGUUUUGUGGUUUGAGAAUUGCUUCGAGACGCUCGCGGCCACAGAAGAGGCCAAAGCGAUAUUCGAACGGAUCAAGGCGCAUAAGGUACAGCAGAGGAUAUGCAGCCAGCGCUCGGAAAAUCUUGCCGAGAAGGGGAAGCGCUCUCUACGAGCAAGCUUCAUGAAACUAUUUACGACAAGUAAGAUGGGCCUAGGCAUUAAGGAUACUGGCGCAGGAAACUAUGGAAGCCAACAACCUGAGGAUGAAGAUUUGCUUUGGUGCCCGAUCAUGCGCAAGUGGACCCCUUCGAAGCAAAUGAAAGCCGCGCAUCUAUUUCCGUAUAUGCACGGUCAGGACACAAUGGAUGCGGUCUUCCGGGCAAGAAAGAGCCCUGAACUGUUCUCGCCCAGAAAUGGGCUGCUCAUAUCGUCGUGCAUCGAAGAGUUUUUCGACUCCGGGAAUCUCGUGCUGGUCCCGGACCUGCCAGACAGGCCAAGCGUAACGGAUAUCAGGGGCUGGAUCAAGAGAGAGCCCCGUGAAUACAAGAUUCGAAUUAUCGACCUGAAGUGGAACAAGCUCGGAAAACCCAUCCAUCCAUGGGUGGAAAUGAAGUGGUCCGACCUCCAGGACAGACGUGUGGAGUUCCUGACUCCAUUCCGGCCCCGGGAAAGAUACAUGUACUUCCAUUACUGCAUCCAGAUACUUCAGUACAUCUGGCAGUAG